GGCAUCGCACUCGAUGUGAAGCUGAUGAAAGCAAGACUCAACAGCUGGCGGAACGACAUCCAACUGUGACCUUGAGGAUGAAGGCGCUCCGUCUGCUUUGUCUGCUCGUCUUUGGAGGUCAGAGUUCAUCGGCGUGCCCCCGUCCCUGCGUCUGUCAGGGCAGCCAGGUAAACUGCAGCAACAGGUUUCUCACCUCCUCGCAGCUCCCCGCCGUCUUCCCGGCCGGCACCACCGAGCUGCACCUCCACGACAACCUGCUGACGACCCUCCCGAACGGGCUUCUGGAGAAACUCCCCUCCCUCCGCCACGUCUCCCUGCACGGUAACCCGUGGGCCUGCGACUGCGGCGUCCUCUACCUGCGAGGCUGGCUGAGACGUCGGCCGGGCGGUCCCUCGGGCCAGCCGCAGGUCAACUGCAGCUCCCCUCCCCACCUGAGGGGGAGGCUGGUGGAGUACCUGACCGAGGAGGAGUUGCUGGACUCCUGCCACUACUGGUACUGCGACCUGGCCCUGGCUUCGCAGGUGUGCGUCUUUGUGUUGGUGCUGGUGCAGGCCGCGCUGCUGGCGGCCGUCGUCGUCUUCCUGAGGAGGUUCGAGAGGCUCUCCAGGGAGGCCGCGAGGAUCAGGGAGGAGAGCCUCACGGCGGGGGAGCUGCAGAUGGAAAUGGCCGAUAUGCCUUUGAAUGACUGGAGAAGCUGAUAAUGCUGUGGUCAACACAAAAAAUAGUCAAGAAAUGUCGGACACGGGCAAACGAUUUGUUGUUAUGUCUGUGCAGAAUAUACUUUAUUGACUUGCUCCUUUACGUCGACUUAUGUUAUUGCUUUAGUUGUGGAAGUGGUUUUGUCGGUAUAUUGGUAAUCAUCAUAUUUCAUAGUGCUUGGUGUUGAAGGCAAAAAAAAAAAAAAAACGUCUAUUUACUUUAAGCAAUGUGCAGAUAAGUACUUCUACAUGUACUUAUGUUUGCUAAUGCUGGAAUACUCUGCAUCCUUUGCACAACUUUGCACAACUGUGAGCUAAAAAAAAAAAAAUCAAUUGACAGAUUGUUUUUAGUACUCAACAUGUAUGUCGUACUAGGGCACCUCCAACUACCCGACAUGAAUUCCUUGUGUGUUG